AUGGCUUUACCUGAGAUUGUAUAUAUUGAUGUUUCGGAAAGUGGCUGUGACUUGAGAACAUUGCUUGACAACUUGCUUAAAAUAUGUGAUUCGAAGUAUGAGCUCAAAAUCGAUUGCAAAUACUACUCAGCUGAUAUAAUUAUUCGAUCCGUAGACAAAUUAUGUGCUCUUAGCAAGUCACCAGAGUUUCUCAAUGUUCACGGGGUUAUCAUUUGUUUUUCUGGGGAUAAGGUGUCUAGUUGGAAUGAUGCUCUUAAACUGAUGGGCUUGGCUAUUAGUCAUGACGUAUCCAUACGGAUGCUAGUGUGUCAUACUGUUAAUCCGUCUAUUUUGUUUCCUUCUGAGCCAGAUGCUUUUUCGGUUAUGACACGCAUUAUUCUGGAUCAUGAGUUUGAGCUAGUUGAAAUUUCGCCAAAUGAAGAUACUAUUGAAGAAGGCGAAGAAUUUGGAGUAAAACGAAUAAUAUCUAUAUUGGAAACACAUAUCUGGCCAAAUAUGAAGCCUAAAGAUCAAAAUAAUCGAAACCAUUCGAAAUCAAUUACUAAUAAUAAAUCUUUAAAUAAUGAAAAUCAUUUAAAUUUAGUAAAUAAUUUAUCGAAUAAUAUAAAUAAGAUCCAUUUAAAUAAUAAUAAUAAUGAAUAUAUCAAUUCAUCAUUAAAUAAUGAAAGUGAAUUUGAAGAAUUAUUCAAACAGUUACCAAUAAUACGUAAUGAGAUAGCUUCAUUAAAUUCUACAGAUAGAUAUAAUAUGGCUGAAAAAAUAACAUGUAAAAUUUGGAGAGCUAUUGGUGGUUCCGAGGAAGAGAUUUCUGGUCUACAACAUUCAGAUUCUGACUAA